UGAUAGGUAGUCAUAUAUCACCACAGGGUGGCGUGCGGAGAGAUGUGAGAUGAGCUCCUCUGCAUGGAGUGUUCUCUAAAAAGUAAAGAUACUGUAAGGAUCUACCAUUUUGCCUCUGUGUGCCGCGAAAUGUGCGAAUGUGAGACACCUUUUUGUCUCUGUUUCCAUCCUUGACGCCGAGGUUUGAAUAUUUAUCCUGAUCCUUUUUUUGCUGUUGCAGUGAGUUUGUGGUGUUGCCGGAUGUCAUGACACUUUUCGACUCUAUUUUCGCGACAGACCACGAGUACUCAGAGUUUCACAGAGUGAGUUUUUUCAUAUCUUCCCACCUAGAGACAAAACAGUUACAGCAAUAGCACCAUGAUAGUGUGAUUCAGAAUGUGCAGCCUUAAAAUACGCGUAUCGCCCGUCUUCCAAACGCAGAUUGUCAUACCUGCUUUCUGACCAGCUGUUGCAUCCUCUGCAAGCGAACCCGGGUUAGAGCUGGAGCUAUGGGUUGCGAGCAAUCCAGACCCUUGCAGUCGCCAAGCGGCCAAGGGCCUCAGCUGCGGGACGAGGAGCAGCGGCGACCAAAUUCUCUAGAGGCGAAAAUAGUUCUCUUAGGAGAUAGCGGAGUCGGGAAGUCGUCGCUCGCACUAAGAUACUGCCAGGGACGCUUUUCGCCUUUUCAUGAGGUACUUAACUUUUCUUGAAAAUCAUAGAUAUGUCUGGCGGAUAAAAAACGUGCAGUGCAGCUGCUCAAGCAGCACAAUCACUCGCUAAAAAAAAGGAAUAAGGCCCGAAGUCGGAUGAAUCCAAAACUGAUGUCUCCUCGCAGGUAACAAUAGGAGCUGCCUUUCUGCAGCAGAUGAUAAGGCUACCCGACGGGCAGCAACUGAAACUUCACAUAUGGGAUACUGGCGGCCAAGAGCGGUUUCGAGCCAUGGCGCCACUAUACUAUCGCGACGCUCUCGGAGCGCUCAUAGUGUAUUGCCAGAUUUUUUCACAUUUUUUUCUGGUGAUGUGUGUGAAAGUGAGUGAUUCUUGAAAAUUGAUUUUCAUGAUAGCAUUGAAAUCGGAUUUGAACAAUCUUUUCCCAACGCAGCUACGACCACAACGACGGUGCUUCAUGGGAGGCCGUCCGAUACUGGGUCGACGAACUACGCAACAAGGGUCCCGAAAACGUCUGUCUCGGCGUGGUCGCAAACAAGGCUGACGUAGAACCGACCGGCGAGGCCACCGGAACGGAUGCCGAGCAGGCUCGCGCGUGGUGCACAGAGCAGGGCAUGCUGUUCACGAAAGCUUCGGCGAAAACCGGGGAGGGCGUCAACACCGUGUUUGCGACCCUGGCGAACAGAAUAUACCAAGACAUACUCUCGAAGAGAUAGAAUUUGUGUAGCUUUUCUCAACGCGAAAACAUGUUCACAUAAUCCACAUAGGUUCUUCUAUGACAACAU